GAGCUUGGUCCUCUCCACUCCAAGAUUUUGGAGCUCCUUGUGCCAGGGAACAAGCUCAUUCGCUUGCCUGAUCUCAGUCACAUGCGAUCCCUCCAGCGCCUCGAUGUCUCCUUCAAUGACCUGCAGGUGCUCCCUCCGCUGGAUCGCAACAUCGAGCUGGUUGAGCUCGACGUCAGCUACAACCAGCUGGCUGAGCUGCCGGAUCUGUCACAGCUCCAUCGCCUCGGACUGCUUUAUGCCAACAGCAACCAUCUUUUCGCCUUGCCUCCUUUGGCGAGCACGGCGGUCAACGAGAUCUGCGUCCAGGAUAACCAAAUCCAGGAGCUGCCAGACUUCAGAGGAUACGAGCUCCUCAGGACCCUGGCGUGCAGUGGCAAUCCCCUCCGCAAGCUUCCGCCAAAUCCCAGCAGCUGCGACUGCUGCGAGGACACGCCAGGAACCAAGAGGACCUUAGCUGCCAACGCCUGCAAUAGGCCGACUAUUUGGUUUGGACGGCGACGCCGGCCCAUUGUUCGACACACUUAG